AUGCUUCGACUGCUGAAUCUCCCCGAUCUCUCAACAAUUCUGUCAGUGUCUCAGAGAGUCCCAGAAGUGAAGACUACAAUGUUGGGAGCAUUCAGUAUCUUUUUGCUGUCUACUUUGCUCUCCUUGCCUCCCUACAGCUGGAGGAUGGUAGUGAUGGCAAAUAGCCUCUCGUUGACUCCAGAAUAUGGACUUGAAGGACCAACUAAUCUUUCCACAACUGUACUAUCCUUAGAUUCUACAGUAGAGGGCCUCAAGGCUAGUGGAAGCCCAAGUGCUUGGAGACCGCACGCAGGCUUCUUAGACAGUAUUUGUCCGGCGGAUAGUCUUGCCCUUGACAUACCGCAGCCGCCAACUCGGGAACAAAACAUUGAGGAGCUGGAGUUCAUGUUGCGUGACAAUGGCCUCGAGGAAGCUGCAAACAAGCUUUGGUUGGCAUUCUACGGAGGCGAGGUGCCUACAGCUGCUCCUAGCGUGGAAGAAUGGUCUGCGCAGUUCCUUGAACUUUUAAAGGAAUCGGACGUUCCAGGACAAGAAGGAAGUCCUCCAGGAACGCACAAAUCUCAGUUAUUCUUCCUCCGUAGCCUGCUGCAGGAUGGGUUGGACACCGCAGCGCAAGAAGGCGGCUUGCACGCAUUGCUGUUAGAUAAAUUGCGCAGUAUCGCUGGAGUAGUAUUAGGUGGUGACGCUAUCAGCCCCCAGGUUGUGCGAUCUCGGACAGCCGUCCAUGAGGUGCACCACCACAGCAUGCUGAAGCAAGAGGCACACCCAGAACCAAGUAGUUUGCAGCUUCCGCGUUCCUUGGUACCCAUUGUGGGUGCCCAUAAUCCUUUCAUCGUCGCAGGUCACGUGACCGCUCUUGCAGAGGCGGGAGUGCCUGUCGAGCUUGGAAUUUCUCCUAGCCAAAACAUGAAGCGUUUGCAUGCAGCAACAUGCUUGCCCAACGAAGAGGGCUACAUUCACAUACCCUGCAGUUUCGACGAAUCUCGUCUUGCCAAAGACAGCCAGGAGUUGACGAAGUUGGAAGAUGAUGCUGACCAGCAAAUUCGGCAUAGCGCCCAGGCAGAAUUGCUAAAACAAGCACACACGACAAUCUCCGGAUUAGGAUCUUUGGACUGCAAAAUUAGUUCUCGCCAAGGGAGAAACUUUACAGGAACUGACUGGGGACUGCAGCCACGUCCAAUGAAUCAACAACUUGAGCAAGGCAGAGAGCUGGUCAUGGAGAGGCUGAACGUGGCAGUAGCGACACUAUUUACAACCUCGUCCCUCGACGCCGCGUCAAGCUAUUGGCUUGCCUUCGAAAAACGUAAUUUGAAGAGGGCUGCACAGGAUUUCAAGAAAAAUAUUCUGCAUGUGCUACGACCCAUGGGAAUGGAUUCCGUUGGCAGAAGACUGUUGCGAAAUUCUGGUAGUGAAAUUUCAGACGAUGAAGUGCAAGCCGCUGCUGAUCGCCUACAAGACCUUCGAGCAGCUCCUGAUGGAAUGCGAGCAGCCCUCGCUCUCUACGCCAUUCCGUAUCCGCAACAAAAGGAGGCCGUUUUCCGAAAUCCUACAUGGGUGAAGGUACUUUACUCUCAUGGGUUUGUCCCUGGCUUUGUAAGGAACUUAUUUUUCAAGUCCACUGCAGGGAUGAUAAAACGAACAAGAGAAAUUAGGAUCCAGAAGGCCAGAAAAGUUCUAAGGGAAAAGUUGCCUGCUGCGUUCUUCGAAAAACUUUUGAGCCCAUUUAACUUCACUGCUCACAGCGUUGCUCUUAUGCAAGUCAUCAAUUUUCAUUCUCUGAAGCACGACAAAGUUGUGGGGGGCUUUAAAAGGCUCAUUGGCGAAGAACGGCCCCACUGCCUACAAGACAAACCAGUUUCAGCCAGAAUGGACGAGCAGAUCCGAGCUUGGGCCGCACAUGGCUUGGCGCCUACAUUACUCGAAUCGCAUGCUGAUUUUGCUACGUUCAAGAGAGCAUGGAGCAAAGUCGACCUCAGCGGCCUCCCGUUGCCUGACCUUUCAGACUGGUGGGCCCGCCUUAAUUCUCUCGUAAUUCAAGGAUUAGAGUCUUACUUAGUCCUGGAAAAGCACCUAGAAUCUCUUGAAGACACCGUAUUCACCCUGGUCAAUGACUCGCUUCGAAAACUAAAAGCUGAUGCCGGCCAAACAUUGUUCUUUACAAGAACUGCCCACCGGAGGCGCCAAGGGCCUCUUCAACGCCUUUGGGAAGGUGGGAAAAAGUCUCUUUUGCGGUUAUUGUAUCGUUCACCCGGAAGACAGCAUGGUGUGUGGUUUGGCGUUACGGUUGACUUUGAGCAGCUGCACGAUUUGCUUGGCCAGCUAAAACUUGUCAUAGAAGCGGAGCCAAGGCUAGCAAUCAAAAUAAAUAUGCAAGAAGCCCUCCUACGUGAAGUGGAGACUCAAAUUCGCAUACGAGGUUCAGAUAUUUUACGAGUACCUCCACUUGUGGAGAGAAAUAUGGGAAUGCUGGGCGUACGUCGAGGCUACGGCGGUUUGUCGGAAGGACUGCGUGAAGUCGAGUUUCAGACAUCUAUGUGUGUUGACCAUUGUAGAGGUCUGUGGCAAAUGGCUCUCAGCAGCAUGCUGCCUUCUAUGCUAAGCCCGGAUUUGAUGCAAAGAUACGAAAAGGCGUUCGGGACAUCGUGGGCACUUAAUCACCUUUCAGACCCAGCACUGGUAAAUUCGAGGCGCAUGAUACUGAAGAGUGAUGCCGCCCUCAAUUUUUUUGAUCAUUCAACACCGAAGGAAGUUCGUGAGGAGCUUAAGGGCCUGGAAAGCGGCCAAGCCUCAAUGUUUGCCUACUAUAUACUGUUCUCUUCUCGUGCCCAACAGCGUCUAGGGAACCACUACCUGGGACUUCAUCUUCGUCAGCAGGCUCCCUUUAUGGGUAACAUGGUACUGGAUUGGAUCUCUACUAGAAGGAAGCACGCAGUCGCUGCAAUCAUCUCUUCAUUCGUUCUUACAUUCAUGGGCAUAUAUGCGGUCAUGAGUUUCUUCGACAUUUUGCAGAACCUAGUUGUAUCGGGAGCGACGCCCCCAGUUGACUGCUUGUGGAACCCUGUUUUUCAAGAAAUGGCCUGCAGCCCUGUUCCUGGAGGUGCUGCUCUCGGCACAGCGUGGGUGACAGCGAUUGAGCAGGUCUUUCUGAUUGGACUGUUUUCUGGUACAGCUGGUGGAUUUUCCCUCUUCCUAACCAUUAACUCUGCUAUCUCCGUUGUUGUGAACCAGUCAAAGACACUCAUGCGUCUCCAGAUGUGCUUGGGAUCAGCCAUCUCCAGGCUUCUGCGAAAAGGAAUGAGUUCGUUUUCACGAGUCCGCGAGUACUUCAGACAACGUCGUUCUGUGAAGCGCGUUAUGCUCCAGCGGGCUGUUGCUGGCAUGAAGGCCGGUUCAACCACAGCAGCUAUGAGCAACUCAGAAACCUUAAAAGCAGCGGAUGACCUCCUUGAUAGGCUCACUCGGAGAGGCCGUCCUAGCCCUAUAAACGCUCCUGGAGGAAAAGCCUUAUUGAAGUGA